AUGAAAGUGUUAUUAUUUAUUUCUAUCGCGACCGUCGCCACCGUUUACGGGAAAGUUCCCGAUUACUUUCCAAAAUGCAAGAAGAACGAUCCACUAAUAGAGCAAUGCCUAACGGAUGGUAUUGAAAACAUGAAGCCGAAAUUGAAGACUGGCAUCCCAGAGCUCAACAUUCCCGCUUUAGAUCCCUUCGUAGUCCCCACAUUGAAGCUGGAUAGAACAGCGUCGAACCUUCGCCUGAAAGCUGUUAUAAAGAAUGCGAAGGCAUACGGUGGUUCCAAUUUCAGAAUUGAAAAAGUAAAAGUAAAUUUAAACAAUAAGUAUUUGGCUGAGAUAAAGCUACAGAUUCCGAAGUUGAUUGUGACGGCGGAUUACGAUGUCUUGGGUUCCCGUAUCCUCACCGCCGAAAUCAAUGGCAAGGGCGUUAUGAAGGGCAACAUUACUGGUGUAAGUGUCGUAGCGAAAGGCCGUGCAAAGCCCAUCGUAAAGGAUGGAGUCGAGUACCUCCAGGCCGAAAAAAUCGUCACUAAGAUUAAAAUCAAAAAUGCUCAAAUAAGCUUGACCGACAGUGAAAGACCUGCGGCGGCAUUAUCAGCGGCCACAUUCUUCAACGCCAGCCCAGGAGUCAUCUUAGAUAUAAUAAACCCGCUCAUAGAAGACACUGUUGCUGCGGUGCUCAAGCCAUUCAUUAAUAAAGUGCUCGGAACAAUACCACUCAACGAAAUAUUUAUCGACGUUGCCCCGUCUUCAUAA